GUACAGUCGAUGUUGGUAUUAAUCUAUGCCAACAGUAGUUUGAAGAUGUAAGUUGUCAAAUAGAAUAUAUCCUAAUAAUAUAAGACGUAUAUACAUUUACAUCACACUAAAUUACAAAGAAUGACACUUUAUAUAGCUUUAUUAAGUCAGUAUUAUUUUGGCUAAUAACUCGGCAGGCAUUUCCCGCCUUCUAGAUUAGUGCUGGUGUCUAAUACGUAAAAAAUGGCGGAAAGCUCAACCUCAGGCAUGACUUCCACAUCUAAAGAAGAAAGUAUUGAAGAAGAAACUAAUGUUAUUACAAUGAUAGACGUCUUAAAGGAAGAGCAGGAUUUAGAAGAUGAUGCAAAAGCUGUUUUAGGUGCAUCAGAUGACCAGAAUUGUACAUAUUCACGGGGUUACGUGAAAAGACAAGCACUAUAUGCAUGUAUGACCUGCACACCCUUGUCUGAUGAUGGUCUGAAAGCUGGUGGCAUUUGUUUGGCAUGUAGUUACUACUGUCAUGAGGGACAUGAACUGAUUGAAUUGUACACAAAGAGAAAUUUCAGAUGCGACUGUGGAAAUAGUAGAUUUGCAAACAGCAAGUGUAACCUUGAACCAAACAAGAGUGCUGUGAAUGAGCUAAACACAUACAACCACAACUUCAGUGGAGUAUAUUGCACUUGUGGGCGACCAUAUCCUGAUCCUGAAGAUGUGAUUGAUGAUGAAAUGAUUCAGUGCGUCUUGUGUGAAGAUUGGUUCCAUGGGAGGCAUUUGGGAAGCAACGUGCCUGCACUUCAUGAUUAUGGCGAGAUGGUUUGUGGAUCAUGUAUGGAUAAGCAUACUUUCUUGUGGCAGUACAAAAAGGAAAUGCCUACUGAAGAUUGCGUAAUGAAAAUGGAAGUAUGCAGUGGAACAGUGAAGGAUGUCAAGGAUUUAAAUGAGGUCACACUUGAUGACUUCAAAAAUAACACCAUUAAAGCUGAUGAGAGAGGAUGUUUGCUGAAGGGACUGAAGCCAGAUGUUGAACAUGGAGCAGUUUUCUUCUCAGAAGGCUGGAGAAAAUGUUUGUGUAGAUGUGAGUCAUGUAAGGCUAUGUAUGAGACCCACAGUUUGAGCUUUCUUAUGGAUGAAGAAGAUACAGUGCAGGCUUAUGAAGAACAAGGGAAAGCACGUGGUGAAGGUGGACAGCCAUCGUCUCGCUAUGAGCAGGGACUCAAGGCCCUUUCAUCCCUCGACAGAGUCAAGCAGGUGGAAGCUAUUGAAGAGUACAACAAUAUGAAGAUCCAGCUGAAGGAAUACUUACAGAAAUUUGCGGAGAACAAGAAGGUAGUGCGUGAAGAAGAUAUCAGGGAAUUCUUUUCUGGCAUGGAGGCUCGCAAGAAGCAACGAGUAGAAGUGCAAGUGCCAUACUUCUGUCAUUAAUCUGUUACUGGGGGACAUGCUUAGCUUUCUAUAAAGUUUUUCCUCCUCGACCCGCUUGUUUUUUACAUUAUGUUUUAUUUAAUUUUUAUUGUAUCUGCAGGAUUUUAAGAACCUCCUGAUAUGUUUAUCAUCAUUUGGAAUAUUGCGAUAUACAGUAAAACCUUUACCUAACCAGUGCCUUUAAUUGUUUUGUGGACAGAUUUUCUAAUGAAAUUCUUUUCCUAGUAACAUCAGGUUCUUUAUGAUAGUGUGACAUUAGGCAUUAUGUGAUUCUGAAGGUCAUGCAUCUUGGUUUUUCCUGCUACUGUAAAAUAUGUGAUCAGUUUACAUUUCCUUAGAAGGCUGAAGAAAAAAUCACAAAUGCCAUUAUCUCCUCUCCUCUCCCUCUUUCUGUGAUACAUUCCAUACAGUCUGUGUGUUCUGACGUUAAGUACUCCCUUAUGUAGACCUACAUGUUCAGGAAAUCCCCCCCCCGACAGAAAUAAAUUUGUGUUAUACUGGCCAAUAGAGGGAGCCAUUAUAUUGAAAGCCUGAUUUUUGAAACUUGUGAGGAACAUAAGUUAACAGAAUGAAUGAAACAACAAAGAUUCACUGCCAAGGAAUUAAUUUAUUAAGGAAUCAUUUUGUCUGUUGUUUGCUCAGGUCAGUGAAUAGCUGCUCUACCAGACCCAGUUACAAAAAUCAUAAACUAUUGAAUGGAUCACUUGUAUAGAGUUCUGAAACAACUGUUUUCAGAACACUUUACAGAGUUGUCUUGCCACUCAUUUUCAUCUACAGAUAAAAACACUGCAGUUGUUUCGUGACUCAAGUAUGUACAGGAUGCCACUGAAGACUUUCCACUCAUGUAGGGGCUUUGUAACUACCGUCAGCAGUACCAUUGUGGUAGCUCUGUAAAUUUUCUUGCUAGAUAUUUAAUUGUGGAGAAAAAUAUCCUUCCGUUUAGAUCGUUAUGGUACUGCAGUUCCUACAUCUUUCUUUCUGUAUAAUGAGUGACAUGUUGUUUCCAUUUUUCUGCUGUUUUAAAUUUGGUCUGCAAUUGCAAUUCUAUUUUUAGACCUGAAUGGUUGCAAGACAAGAUUUUGAAGGAAAUAAAAUAAGAGAAUUCCCCUAAAUUUCAUCCCAUGGAGGUUUUACUGUACUUCUCACUCUUUAAGCAGUAGUCAGCUUGUUGUUCAGUGUUGUUUUUAUGUCUUUAAUUGUAAUUGGUAAUGAUUAUUUACAAACUUGUUGAAUGGAAUGUAAAAGAUUUAUAUUCACAGUAUUUGUAAUAGUUUUGUUCAUUAAUGUUAAGAGGCUGAGUUGAUAUAUGAACAUCAUUGUAAACCAGUGCAUUACUAUUAAAGGCAGAGACAAACAUGUAA